UGCUUUUGCCUGGCCGGGCGGGCUUCUUCUAGAUGCGCUGGAAAGCUCCGUGUUUGCGAACGAACCUCCUUCGUGUUGACGGCCUGAUCGAAGUCCUUUUCUCUCGCGAUACACCCGCAGUGUUCUGAGAGUGAGAAGCGAAAACUAGUUUUACACUAUUAAUAGCUAUCUUAUCUACAGCUCCAAAUAGCUCGAGCUAUGGCCAAGGACGAGCAUGUUGCCGUGGCGGGCGACUCUAAGCCGGCGGUGCCUCGCACCCGCAAACUGACCCCUGAGCUGCAGAAGCUCGUCGACCGCGAGGAGGAAAUACUGGACCAGCUUUACGAGGGCAACUCGGUAGAUACUGUUGAUACCGGAUAUCGAUACUCGGCCUACGCAGCUCGAAUUCGGACGCUGCUUCUUUCUGCACACCGUUAUGUCGCAUAUACAUCGGACAUUGGAGAGUCUUUCCGGCCGGUGGCACAUCCAUGGAUGGUCAAGGGCGCCUACGGUGUCUCCUGGGCAUACAUCUUCGGGGAUGUCGCUAACGAAGGAUACAAGGCAUACCUACGAAACCAGGAGAUACUCGCUCCGAAAAGCGAUGCUUUCCGGAAGGCUACUGAGGCCAUUGCUGUCGGAGACGUUGAUUUGAAAAGCAGUGCUGACCGCAAGGCAUUGGAGGAGCACUUUAUGAACAAAGCUGCACUUAAGGACGUCGAAGAGACGUUAACCUCAACAGCAUGUCCCAAGCACCCAAUGCCGUGGAAAGAUCCCGAAGAAGACACUCUAAUUCCAUGGCCUACUAAAAAGAUCCCUCUGAGCGAGGAUUACCGCUCCGUCAUGGCUGAGAGGGCCGUGUUCCAGUCACUUGCCAGUAUGGGCUUACCUGCAUUCACAAUUCACUCUAUUGUCAAGUACUCUGGACGGGCAAUGAAGAACAUGAAGAGCGUGUUUCUCAGAACUUGGGCACCAAUUGGGCUUGGACUUUCCGUUGUCCCAGCCCUACCUUAUCUGUUCGACAAACCCGUUGAAGAAGCGGUCCAAUGGGCAUUCCAUAACGCCUUCCUCAUGUUCGGUGGACCUAAUGCAGUUCCUCAGGAAACUCUACCUCAAGGAGCAUUCUCGGAGGCCUUCCGUGCAGCGCAGGCUGUGAAAAAACAGCGGCAAGAAGAGAGAGAACGUCGAAGAGAAGAACGACGACUUCGACGGGAGAAGUCUGAAUAAAAGCUUAAGCAACAUACACACCAUCCUUGACCUACUUAUAGCUUUAGCCUCCGUUAUACCCACAGUCCCCUUUAGCCUGUCGUACGCCAAGUUCUGAUCAAGCAUUGUUACCCGCCAGUGGCUCCAUCUAUAUACAGGGCAUAUUAACCAUCUUUUCUUAUUUUAUCCACACUCCUCUUUGUCUGAAAUAAUGUCCGUCUUGUGUAUCCACUACUUACACACCUGCAUUCCGCAUUGUAUAACAAAAAGCGCAAAAUGAUUGAUGUAACGUAGCUAAUCCAGGCAUUUCCCUUGCUUUGAUCGAAUCCUUCCCGCAAGUAUUAACCAAGGAACCAAUGUACAUACUCCCAUAAGAUGGUAUAUACAAUUCAACAUGCUGUAUUCACGAAGUGUAUAAAUUAUAAACAAGAAGGUCUAGAACUUUUAGUCUUUAGACCCCAUGGAUAACAGAACAGAAACCUAGGUGGGCGUCUUGAAUCUCCUGUACAUAACGCCGUGAGUCUAUCAAUUCGCUCAUAAGUUCCCAAGUAAAAAAAACCAAGUCUAUUUAACCAAGCCAGAAAGUCAA